AUGAAGGUUAUUCAACAGAGAAAUGAGGAAUGUGACCACAUUCAGUUUUUAAUUGAAGAGAAAGAGUCUAAAGAAGAGGACUAUUAUGAAGACCUUGACAGAUUUGAAGAAAAUGGUACCCAAGAGUCUCGCAUCAGUCCCUAUACUUUCUGCAAGGCCUUUCCUUUCCACAUAAUAUUUGACAGAGAUCUGGUGGUCACGCAGUGUGGCAAUGCUAUAUACAGAGUCCUUCCACAGCUGCAGCCAGGAAAUUGCAGUCUGUUGUCAGUUUUCUCCUUGGUCCGGCCUCAUAUUGAUAUUAGUUUCCAUGGUAUCCUCUCCCAUAUCAAUACGGUCUUUGUACUGAGAACCAAGGAGGGGCUGCUGGAUGUGGAAAAGCUGGAGUGUGAGGAUGAACUGACUGGCACAGAAAUCAGCUGCUUACGCCUGAAAGGGCAAAUGAUCUACUUGCCUGAAGCAGACAGCAUUCUCUUUCUUUGUUCACCAAGUGUGAUGAACUUGGACGAUUUAACCAGAAGAGGUUUAUAUCUGAGUGAUAUUCCAUUGCAUGAUGCUACCCGUGACCUGGUUCUCUUGGGAGAGCAGUUCAGAGAGGAAUAUAAACUGACUCAAGAGCUUGAGAUCCUCACUGACAGACUGCAGCACACCCUGCGUGCAUUGGAAGAUGAAAAGAAAAAGACAGACACGUUACUGUACUCUGUUCUACCACCAUCAGUGGCAAAUGAGCUGAGACACAAGCGUCCUGUUCCCGCUAAGCGGUACGACAAUGUGACCAUUCUUUUCAGCGGCAUUGUUGGAUUCAAUGCCUUCUGUAGUAAACACGCCUCUGGAGAGGGAGCCAUGAAGAUCGUUAAUCUUCUAAAUGAUCUUUACACGAGGUUUGACAUCCUGACUGAUUCACGAAGGAAUCCAUUUGUUUAUAAGGUGGAAACAGUUGGGGACAAGUAUAUGACAGUGAGUGGUCUGCCAGAGCCUUGCAUUCAUCAUGCACGAUCUAUCUGCCACCUGGCAUUGGAUAUGAUGGAAAUAGCAGGCCAGGUUCAAGUAGAUGGUCAACCUGUACAGAUAACAAUAGGAAUCCACACUGGUGAGGUAGUCACAGGUGUCAUAGGCCAAAGGAUGCCACGUUACUGUCUCUUUGGAAAUACUGUCAAUCUAACAAGCAGAACAGAAACUACUGGAGAAAAGGGAAAGAUCAAUGUCUCUGAAUAUACUUACAGGUGCCUUAUGACACCAGAAAAUUCAGAUCCUCAGUUCCACCUGGAGUACAGAGGUCCAGUUUCUAUGAAGGGUAAAAAAGAACCAAUGCAGGUUUGGUUUUUGUCCAGAAAGAGUACAGAGACAGAGGAAACAAAGCAAGAUGCUUUCUGAGCUGAGGGAAGAGGAAGAGGACGCUGGAUAGGGUGCAGUACUGUCUCCAAAUAGGGUGCCAGGCAGUAAGGCUGAGUUAUGGAUGUUAUUUCGCAUCAUAUCUCCCAUUGCCAUAUGCAGCACUGUUGUCUUUUGCCCUACUUCUGACAUCAUACUCCCCAUUUUUCUCCAGGCUUGCUUGCUAUAUAUUCUUUUCCCUUAAUGUUUGGUAUUGUUAUAUCUCUGCUAUGAGCAUGUAUUUCAAGCUUUCCUUUUUUUUUUAGUAUGCAUUUUUGCACGUCAGUCAUGUUGCAUUUCCUACCACCAGAUAAUAUUGAAAAAAUUUUGUAGUCCACACACCAGAACUAACCACUUCAAUCUGAUGCUUCACAUCUUCAUCUUCAUUUCUGAGGUAUAGUGGUUAUGUGAAUCAGUGACAUUUCUGGAAAGAUAGGUAUUUCGGUUGUUGGGCAGAACAGUGAACCUAAAGACUAAUUUUAAAAAAUAACCCCUGAAGCAGCAUGAAUGAAGUUAUUGUAUAGAUGUUGUUUAUCAGAUUUACUUCUGCUAUUACCAUGCUUCCCAUUCAUUUUGUGAGUAACACUUGAUGCACUGUAAACUCC